AGUCGGCGUGACGACAAUAAGGGGCGGGGCUGAAACGGCCCAGGGGGCGGGCGUUUGAAAUCGGUGCCUUAGAGUAGACCCUAAACAUCAUUUUAUACCUUCAAGAACCAAUUACUUAAUGUCUCUUCCGUCUUUUCCUUCCCCGACCCCCUUCCAGACUCCAUCAUUCUGGUACCGCGUGGACGGAAAGCCCCGGGUAGCCGACACCACGUUCCCGGCUAGCGGGAGAGAGCGUGGAAAAGGAUUACACCAAACUGUUUAAAUUCAACGGCUCCUGCUUCCAUCCUUUCUCCUGUGCUAGACCCAACAAGCCUAGGGAGUUGGGCUACGGAAAAACUAGUGUUUUCAUUUAAUUGGAUAUGAAGAAAGAACAAAUAUGUACGAGGGCAACCACGAUCUUUAUAAAGAUUUCAUUUUAAAGACUGCCCUGAAGUCCUAUUCUGCUAUAUUUGGGUCACCCACUCAGGUCUGAGUAAUUCAAUAGACUUCAAGAGAACAGAGGCAGGGAGCAACUGAGAAACAUAACAGAGUUGCAAGCACAGACAUCAUCAGUCCCUGGGUAAAGCUGCUACCCAGAGUGGAGUCUCCCUGGUGCACCAAUAAGCCUAAGAAAGAGUAUCAUCCCAUUUGCAAAAACGUUGGCUGGUAGAUCCUGCUACCUCAUACAUACAACAACCCAAUUUUUUACAAGUAGUAUUUUCCUGCAUCCUCAACUAUCUAGAACAUACCUAAACACUGGGAGUUUGCUGCUUAUUACAUUGAACUAUGAAGUCUAAGGCCAACUGUGCCCAGAAUCCAAACUGUAGUAUAAUGAUAUUUUAUCCAACCAAAGAAGAGUUUAACGAUUUUGAUAAAUAUAUUGCUUACAUGGAGUCCCAAGGUGCACACCGAGCUGGCCUAGCCAAGGUCAUUCCACCCAAGGAGUGGAAAGCCAGACAGACCUAUGAUGACAUCAGUGACAUCUUAAUAGCCACUCCCCUCCAGCAGGUGGCCUCUGGGCAGGCAGGGGUGUUUACUCAAUACCAUAAAAAGAAGAAAGCCAUGACCCUGGGGGAGUAUCGCCAUUUGGCAAACAGUGAAAAAUAUCGGGCUCCACCACACCUCAAUUUUGAAGAUUUGGAGAGAAAAUACUGGAAGAAUCGCAUCUAUGAUUCACCAAUUUACGGUGCUGAUGUCAGUGGCUCCUUGUUUGAUGAAAAUACUAAGCAAUGGAACCUUGGGCACCUGGGAACCAUUCAGGACCUACUGGAGCAGGAAUGUGGAGUUGUCAUCGAAGGCGUCAACACUCCCUACCUCUACUUUGGCAUGUGGAAGACCACCUUUGCUUGGCACACGGAGGACAUGGACCUUUACAGCAUCAACUACCUGCACUUCGGGGAGCCCAAGACGUGGUACGCGGUGCCCCCAGAACACGGCCAGCGCCUGGAACGCCUGGCCCGGGUGCUGUUCCCCGGCAGUUCCCGGGGCUGUGAGGCCUUCCUGAGGCACAAGGUGGCCCUCAUCUCGCCCACUGUCCUCAAGGACAAUGGGAUUCCCUUCAGUCGCGUGACUCAGGAGGCUGGAGAGUUCGUGGUGACGUUCCCCUACGGCUACCAUGCUGGCUUCAACCAUGGCUUCAACUGCGCGGAGGCCAUCAACUUCGCGACCCCGCGGUGGAUCGAUUAUGGCAAAGUGGCUUCGCAGUGCAGCUGCGGGGAGGCCAGGGUGACCUUUUCCAUGGACGCCUUCGUGCGCAUCCUGCAACCCGAGCGCUAUGAGCUGUGGAAACGCGGGCAAGAUCGGAUAGUUGUGGACCACAGGGAGUCCAGAGCGCCAGCCAGCCAGGAGCUGACCACCUGGAGGGAGGUCCAAGCGCCUGGGAAAGCCAGGCUGGGCCUGAGGCACCUCCCAUCCCGCCGGGCCCUGCAUCCCCCUGGGCCUGUGGCCGCCAGUGUUCGUACCCGCAGCCGUGCCCCUGUGCACUCUUCUCCCCUUCGUGGAUCUGUGGCCAGUAGCACUGCUACCCAGCCUGGGGCCACGGCCAACCACAGUUCCCGACAACCCAGCACCACCCCACCGCCCACCCUGGGUCUGUCGGCACGAAUUCUCCACCCACCAAAGAGCAGAAAUGGUCGCGGUCGUCGUCAUCAGGAACUGGGCGCUCAGGUGCCGACUCUCCAUGCUCCCACUAAGAGGCGCUUGGUGGACACAACUUGCACAGUUCUGGGGCCUAAGGCUCAGCUCCAGCCUGAGGAUGGUGCUUCGAUAGACAAGCCUGCACCACUGAGUCCCUGAACCCCUAAUCCUCCCGAUCUUCCCAAAGUUCCAGGGUGCUGCUGGGCUCCUGUCGCCUAAGCCCACGGACUGCCUUUAUUCCUCACUGCUCUGCUGUGUGGUAGGAGGCUUGCUGAGACUGGUCACAUUUACAUCUCAGAGCUUUGGCAGAGUUUGCAGGACACUGGUCAUGCAUGAGAGAGCCCAUAUGGUGAUUCCAUUGGAUGCUGCUGAAUUUGUAGUAGUUGACAAGUUAGCUAUACUUCGUUCUUCCUCCCAGACCCUAGAAUGUCUUUGGACACUGCUAACUUCUGGGUCUCUAGCUGCGGUUUCAUCCACUGGACAAACUUGUGUCUUUCUGAGAGCUAGGUACUGCUGAGAUCGCUGGAACCUGACUUACGCCAAGCUCCCAUCCUCUGGGCCAACUGUGGUGGUUGCUGAACUUUUGAAGAAUCCUGGAUUCCUUCCCCUUCAGUCUUCCUCCCUCUUCUUUUUCCCUCCCCCUAGCCCUUUUCAUGCAAAAGUUUUACCUUCUUACAGAUGAGGUUAGUAGAACCCCAGAAUAAAAUAUAUGACUUUUUUGAGUUAUUCAUGUA